CUUUGGGUAGAUUUGAAUUUGCUUCUCAAAGGUAAACAAGACGUCAGUGGGGCUGCUCAGCACAAUUUUGAAGGAAAAAAUGGCGCAAAAUAUCGCACCAGGAGUAGUUAACGCCUCAACUUCCAUGAAGAGCAACACCGAGCGAGCCAUCGCGGGUAGAGAUUCACAUUCCGUGAGUAAAAGAUUGCAACAUGAGCUGAUGACACUGAUGAUGUCCACGGACAAAGGAAUCUCGGCAUUUCCUGAGGGAGACAACCUGUUCAAGUGGAUCGGCACACUCACAGGCCCAAGCGCUACAGUUUAUGAGGGACUAACUUACAGAUUGACAUUAGAGUUCCCAAGUAGCUACCCAUAUUCAGCCCCAACAGUCAAGUUCAUCACCUCCUGUUUUCACCCUAAUGUUGACCUGCAUGGGAACAUCUGCCUAGAUAUUUUGAAAGAAAAAUGGUCUGCAUCUUAUGAUGUGCGGUCCAUUCUUCUUUCCAUUCAGUCAUUGCUCGGAGAACCAAACAAUGACAGUCCUCUUAAUGGCCAUGCAGCUGAACUAUGGGCUAACCAGGUAGCAUACAAGAAGCACCUCAUAGAACAUUACAAGAAGGCAAAUGGAGAACCAUAAUUAAGCUGGUCCCACUUCACAUGCAUAUGUAUGAAUUUAAGAUUUGUUUUUCAGUAUAUCAUAUUUGUGUUGUGCAAGAAUGUGUGCUGAGUGACUUCAAACAGGGUAUCAUCAGUAGUACUUCAGUUUAUCUGGGUUUCCUAGCUUGGUUCUCUUCUAUUUAAGUAUAACUAGAUACAGUGAGCUAUUUCCAUUUUGUGACAGUAUGUCAGACAAAUAAUAUUUCUGUAUCUCAGAGGAUAAGCAUAAGCUAUAUAAUUUUCUUACAUCAAACUGGCUAAGCUGCACUGUAUUUAAUUGAAAAAGAAUGAAUGCUUUAACUGUUAGGAAGUGUGAGCAAUACUUUUUAAGUUAAUAUAUUUAGAUAUCUAUGAUGUAUGAUAGUUUACAAUAGUCAUUGUGUACAUUAUACUGUUAAAAAUGGUUUUGUUUUAUAUCGUGAGUUACAGUAUUUAUUUCUUAACCUAAGGAAGUCCUGGCCAAAUUUAAAUGCUAAUGUUUCUCGUACCUUCACCCUUUGGGAUGGAUUACAUCCCCUCAGGAACUAAAAAUACAUUAGCUGUGUUGGUGGCUGACCAGGUGUUUCAGUGAAUAUAUUCAGUCAUACAUUUUCUAACCUGUAAGUGCAGUAAUAUCACAUAACUUUACCGGCUUCUUCUUCUUCCCUUUUUGCCGUGUUGUUUGCAGGUCCAAAAUGGUAUACCCGCCGGACGGCUUGCCGCUUGGUCUCUUCUCACUCCAUAGUCCUUUUUAAGAAGUCCUUACUUGUGUUACAACAUCAACCCAGAUCUAGGGCACCCUAAGGCCACCCCACUGGUUAUGCAUUCUCCACUGCGCAGUGGAACCUUCCAGGGCCUUAACUAUGUACAACUCAAUCUUCGAGGCUGGUAGAUGAAGAUCUUUGAGUAUUUUGUACGUUUUUGGGGACAUAACUCCCCUCCAGGUAAUAUCACUGCUCCGAGGACAACUUCUUGCGGGUCAAUAGGCCGUAUGUUGAUUGUAGAUGGCUCCACAGCGUUGUCCCGAAGUUCGUUGUAUAGAUGAAGCUGCUGGGUCGCCCACCGGGCUGUCCAGGAUCUAAUCUGCCCGGUGUCGUAGUACUCAGCCUUCCGUCGAUACUUAUCUGCUAUAGUUGAAAUGCCAGAAUCACUUGCUAUUUUAAUGUCGAGCACGUAAGCCUUUUUGUUUUCCACAUCACAAAUUAAGAGAUCCGGCUUAAGCAUAAGAACAUAAAAACAAAGGAAC